AUGGAGGAGGUGCAAUUCGUGGACGCUUCGGACGAAGCGUUCGUGAUGGGCGGACUUGGCGAAGCAACGUACGAAUACGUAUGCGACGUCACGAGCGACGUCAAUGUCGUCGACGAAGUCGGCAUGCCAGCGCGGGUGUUUGAAGCCAACGUGUGCUUGGCCGAAUUUGGACGAACUCAUGACGUUUUCGAGCGCCACGUCGUGUGGACGUUGAACGCAGUGGCCACGAUAACUUUGGUGGCCGCUGAUGGACGAGGGUUCACGCGCUACAAAGACCGCAUGCGCGAAGGCGAUCCAGACGUGUUGGAGUACAUUACCGUGUUCGUGUACUCGUUGCUGCGACCAAAGGCGGGUCGGCAGAAGAAUCGGCGUGUGGGUUGGCCGACGACUGUGGGGGCCUUGGCCGGGUCUUUGGCUAAUUUUGCUUUGACCCGUCGAUCGAUCUACGGGCGACUAUCCGCCGAGCUUGUCGCGCGGAUCGCUGUUCGCGCAGGAACGCGGCGUGAACGCGAGAUGAACCGUCUGCGACGGCAAGCUGUCGUCCGCCCUUCGUCCAUUUCGACUGCACCACCCGUGGUGCGGUCGAGUGUAGUGUCAACGACGACGGGGGUGGCGCCGUCGAUUUCGCGAACAGAGGUGCUGGGAGCGUCUCCCCUACCAACGGGAAGGACGCGGAAUCCCCCAGAGGAUCCGCUGCUGGCUGGGCGGCAAGAGUCGGGGCGGUCGAUUGCGCUGGACCGCGACCGUGGGUAUGGGGGAAUGAAGGCGGAACCUGCUGCGGCGGCGCCGCGGGAAAACCUGGAAGAGCGUCAGGCACACAUCGUGGCACCGUCGCCUCCGGCCGAGGAGCAGCGGCCGACGGAAGAAGACGACCGAGAGGAAGGGUAG